AGUGAUGAUGCGGAACAAGCAGUUGAGCUUGUAUUAAAUGACGGUGCAGCUAUUAAUGCCCGAGGGUCAGACAAUGAUUACACAGCUUUGUUGCAGGCGAGUCGGUCGUCCUCAAGUCAGUUCAUUGAGACCCUCAUAGAUCUUGGUGCCGACGUUAAUGCCGAGAGAAAAAAGAGGAAAGAAACACCAUUAAAAUUAGCAACUGUUUGGAACAACUAUAUGGCAGUAUGCUUGCUUGUAAGGCACGGAGCUUAUGUAGAUGUUCAGGAUAGCUAUGGAUUCACACCACUACACAUUUCAGUCAGAAAAGGUCGCGAAAAUCUUAUCAAAUUACUACUUGCAAAUGAAGUAGAUGUAAAUAUUCAAGAUGAUGAUGGAUAUUUACCCUUGCACUGUUGUGCCUUUGAGGGUAACGAAAACCUCUGUAGAUUGUUACUUGAACACAACGCGGAUGUAAAUAUUCAAGAUAAUCGUGGAUGUACGCUCUUGAACUGGUGUGCCAGAGAGGGUAAUGAAAGCCUCUGUAGAUUGUUACUUGAACACAACGCGGAUGUAAAUAUUCAAGAAAAACACGGAUUUACACCCUUGCACUGGUGUGCCUUUAAGGGUAACGAAAACAUCGGUACAUUGUUACUUGAACACAACGCGGAUGUAAAUAUUCAAGACAAAGGUGUAUCUACGCCCUUGCACUGGUGUGGCUUUAAGGGUAACGAAAACCUCUGUAGAUUGUUACUUGAGCACAACGCGGAUGUAAAUAUUCAAGAAAAACACGGAUUUACACCCUUGCACUGGUGUGCCUUUAAGGGUAACGAAAACAUCUGUAGAUUGUUACUUGAGCACAACGCGGAUGUAAAUAUUCAAGAUAAUGCUGGAUGUACACCCUUGCACUCGGGUGUCAGAGAGGGUAACGAAAACCUCUGUAGAUUGUUACUUGAUCACAACGCGGAUGUAAAUAUUCGAGAUAAAGAAGGAGAUACACCCUUGCACCUGUGUGUCAGACAGGGUAAUGAAAACCUCUGUAGAUGGUUACUUGAGCACAACGCGGAUGUAAAUAUUCAAGAUAAUGCUGGAUGUACACCCUUGCACUCGUGUGUCGGAGACGGUAACAAAAACCUCUGUAGAUUGUUACUUGAACACAACGCGGAUGUAAAUAUUCAAGAUAAAGAUGGCUCUACCCCGCUGCACCUGUCAGCUCGUAGAAACAGAGAUUGCAGUAAGAUAAUCGAUCUCCUGGUGAAGUAUGGGGUACAAAACCUAAACAUCCAUGAUGCAGAAGGUUUGACUCCUCUUCAGUUGGCCGUGAGACAUGGUAACUCGCAAGCUGUGAAGAAGCUUGUUGACCUUGGAGCUGAUAUUAGUGUGGUUACAGCUGAUGAAAAGGAUGCCAGAAGACUGGAAAUCUUGAAGAAUAAA